AUGGGGUCGAAUCAAAGGGGUCUCGACCCUCGCGUGAUAACCGCCUGGGUCAAUGCCAUAGAAAAGGAAAAUAAACUUCGUCUGAAAUGGUUCACGAAGAACAUGGACCGCUUGAAUCGCAUAGCGAACAAAGAACCCACCAGGGUAGUUCCUCAAGAGGUAAAGGAACAGUUCAAAAAAGACCGUAUAGACAGUUACCAAAAUGUGCAGAGAUUUCCCAGGAUAAAAACGGACGAUGCUCCCUUAAUCGAGCCGAAGCCUAUAAAAGGUAUUAUGAAGCCCGUGGAUCGAGCAGUGACGAGGCUCAUCUACACUGGUGACAACAAGGAUGGUCGCAAAAAUUACCUUCACGAACGGAUAAAAUUGCUUCCGGACGACAGGUACUAUUUCCCUGAGGUUUCCAGCUUCGAGUAUGGCUGGAAGACGUGGAACCACGCGAAAAACAUGAAGAAGACUAACUUCGGCAGGCAACAGAUCGUGAAAGAUUCGUUUUAUAGAAGAAGAGGAGUUGAGAGGGACCCAGAUUGGUACAAAGAGCCUGCUGGGUACAGCCCAACGGUUUGCAACGGUUGA